AUGAAUCGACACUCCUUUUUAUUUAUUAUGAAAUCAGUUUGUUUUUCUUUUUAUUUGUUUACUCUUUCUUUUGUUCAUGUAUCUACUUUCUUUCUUUCUUUCUUUUUUUCUUUCUUUCUUUCUUCUUGUUUGUUUAUUUGUUUGUUCCAUUUUCUCUCUUUCCUUUUGUUUGUUUGUUUCUUUCUUUUUACAUUCUCACUCUUCCCUUUUUCUUUCUUUCUUUCUUUCUUUCUUUUCUUUCUUUCUUUCUGUUUGUUUAUUUGUUUCUUCCUGUUUGUUUAUUUGUUUGUUCCAUUUUCUCUCUUUCCUUUUGUUUGUUUCUUUCUUUCUUUUUACAUUCUCACUCUUCCCUUUUUCUUUCUUUUUUUUUUUUUAUUUAUUUGUUUCUUCUUCUUUGUCUAUUUGUUUGUUCCAUUUUCUCUUUUUCCCUUUCUUUUUUUUUUACAUUCUCACUCUUCCUCUUUCUUUCUUUUCUUUCUUUUUUCUUUUCUUUUCUGUUUGUUUAUUUGUUUCUUCCUGUUUGUUUAUUUGUUUUGUUCCAUUUUCUCUCUUUCCUUUUGUUUCUUUCUUUUCUUUCUUUUUUUUCAUUCUCACUCUUCCCUUUUUCUUACUUUCUUUUUUUUUAUUUAUUUGUUUCUUCUUCUUUGUCUAUUUGUUUAUUCCAUUUUCUCUCUUUCCUUUUCUUUUUUUUUUACAUUCUCACUUUCCCUUUUCUUUCUUUUCUUUCUUUUUUUUUUUCUUUCUUUUUCUUUCUUUUGUUUGUUUAUUUGUUUCUUCUUGUUUGUUUAUUUGUUUGUUCCAUUUUCUCUCUUUCCUUUUGUUUCUUUCUUUCUUUCUUUUUACAUUCUCACUCUUCCCUUUUUCUUUCUUUCUUUCUGUUUGUUUAUUUGUUUCUUCUUCUUUGUCUAUUUGUUUGUUCCAUUUUCUCUCUUUCCCUUUCUUUCUUUUUACAUUCUCACUCUUCCUCUUUCUUUCUUUUUUUUUUUUUUUCUUUCUUUCUUUUGUUUGUUUAUUUGUUUCUUCUUGUUUGUUUAUUUGUUUGUUCCAUUUUCUCUCUUUCCUUUUGUUUCUUUCUUUCUUUCUUUUUACAUUCUCACUCUUCCCUUUUUCUUUCUUUCUUUCUGUUUGUUUAUUUGUUUCUUCUUCUUUGUCUAUUUGUUUGUUCCAUUUUCUCUCUUUCCCUUUCUUUCUUUUUACAUUCUCACUCUUCCCUCUUUCUUUCUUUCUUUCUUUCUUUCUUUCUGUUUGUUUAUUUGUUUCUUCUUCUUUGUCUAUUUGUUUGUUCCAUUUUCUCUCUUUCCCUUUCUUUCUUUUUACAUUCUCACUCUUCCCUCUUUCUUUCUUUCUUUCUUUUUUUCUUUCUUUCUUUCUUUUUGUUUGUUUAUUUGUUUCUUCUUGUUUGUUUAUUUGUUUGUUCCAUUUUCUCUCUUUCCUUUUGUUUCUUUCUUUCUUUCUUUUUACAUUCUCACUCUUCCCUUUUUCUUUCUUUCUUUCUGUUUGUUUAUUUGUUUCUUCUUCUUUGUCUAUUUGUUUGUUCCAUUUUCUCUCUUUCCCUUUCUUUCUUUUUUUACAUUCUCACUCUUCCCUCUUUCUUUUCUUUCUUUCUUUCUUUUCUGUUUGUUUAUUUGUUUCUUCUUCUUUGUCUAUUUGUUUGUUCCAUUUUCUCUCUUUCCUUUUGUUUCUUUCUUUCUUUCUUUUUUUACAUUCUCCUCUUCCCUUUUUUCUUUCUUUCUUUCUUUCUUUCUGUUUGUUUAUUUGUUUCUUCUUCUUUUUGUCUAUUUGUUUGUUCCAUUUUCUCUCUUUCCCUUUCUUUCUUUUUACAUUCUCACUUCUUCUUUUUUCUUUUCUUUCUUUCUUUCUUUCUGUUUGUUUAUUUGUUUCUUCUUCUUUGUCUAUUUGUUUGUUCCAUUUCUCUCUUUCCCUUUCUUUCUUUUUUACAUUCUCACUCUUCCCUCUUUCUUUCUUUCUCUUUUCUUUCUUUCUUUCUGUUUGUUUAUUUGUUUCUUCUUCUUUGUCUAUUUGUUUGUUCCAUUUUCUCUUUUCCUUUCUUUCUUUUUUUACAUUCUCCUCUUCCCUUUCUUUUUUCUUUUCUUUUCUUUUUUUCUGUUUUGUUUAUUUGUUUCUUCUUCUUUGUCUGUUGUUUGUUCCAUUUUCUCUCUCUUUCCUUUUCUUUCUUUUUUUACAUUCUCACUUUCCCUUUUUUUUCUUUCUUUCUUUUCUUUCUUUCUGUUUGUUUUAUUUGUUUCUUCUUCUUUGUCUAUUUGUUUGUUCCAUUUUCUCUUUUUCCUUUCUUUCUUUUUUUUACAUUCUCCUCUUCUUUCUUUCUUUUCUUUCUUUCUUUCUGUUUGUUUAUUUGUUUCUUCUUCUUUGUCUAUUUGUUUGUUCCAUUUUCUCUUUUUCCUUUCUUUCUUUUUUUACAUUCUCACUCUUCCCUUUUCUUUCUUUCUUUCUUUCUUUCUUUCUUUUCUUUCUUUCUGUUUGUUUUAUUUGUUUUUUCUUCUUUGUCUAUUUGUUUGUUCCAUUUUCUCUCUUUCCCUUUCUUUCUUUUUACAUUCUCACUCUUCCCUCUUUCUUUCUUUCUUUCUUUCUUUCUGUUUGUUUAUUUGUUUCUUCUUCUUUGUCUAUUUGUUUGUUCCAUUUUCUCUCUUUCCUUUUUUUUCUUUUUUUUACAUUCUCUGCUCUUCCCUCUUUCUUUCUUUUCUUUCUUUUCUUUCUUUCUUUCUUUCUGUUUGUUUAUUUGUUUCUUCUUCUUUGUCUAUUUGUUUGUUCCAUUUUUUCUCUUUUCCUUUCUUUCUUUUUACAUUCUCACUCUUCCUUUUCUUUCUUUCUUUCUUUCUUUCUUUCUUUCUUUUCUUUUUUCUUUCUUUCUUUCUUUCUGUUUGUUUAUUUGUUUCUUCUUCUUUUGUCUAUUUGUUUGUUCCAUUUUCUCUCUUUCCCUUUCUUUCUUUUUUACAUUCUCCUCUUCCCUCUUUCUUUCUUUUCUUCUUUCUUUCUGUUUUGUUUAUUUGUUUCUUCUUCUUUGUCUAUUUGUUUGUUCCAUUUUCUCUCUUUCCUUUUUGUUUCUUUCUUUUCUUUCUUUUACAUUCUCACUCUUCCCUUUUUCUUUCUUUCUUUUUCUUUCUUUCUUUCUGUUUGUUUAUUUGUUUCUUCUUCUUUGUCUAUUUGUUUGUUCCAUUUUCUCUUUUCCCUUUCUUUUCUUUUUACAUUCUCACUCUUCCCUCUUUUCUUUUCUUUCUUUCUUUCUUUCUGUUUGUUUAUUUGUUUCUUCUUCUUUGUCUAUUUGUUUGUUCCAUUUCUCUCUUUCCUUUUCUUUCUUUUUACAUUCUCACUCUUCCCUCUUUUCUUUUCUUUCUUUUUCUUUCUUUCUUUCUUUUCUUUUUUCUGUUUGUUUAUUUGUUUCUUCUUCUUUGUCUAUUUGUUUGUUCCAUUUUCUCUCUUUCCCUUUCUUUCUUUUUACAUUCUCACUCUUCCCUCUUUCUUUCUUUCUUUCUUUCUGUUUGUUUAUUUGUUUCUUCUUCUUUGUCUAUUUGUUUGUUCCAUUUUCUCUCUUUCCCUUUCUUUUCUUUUUUUACAUUCUCCUCUUCCCUCUUUCUUUCUUUUUUUUUUCUUUCUUUCUUUCUUUCUUUUUUCUGUUUGUUUAUUUGUUUCUUCUUCUUUGUCUAUUUGUUUGUUCCAUUUUCUCUCUUUCCCUUUCUUUCUUUUUACAUUCUCACUCUUCCCUCUUUCUUUCUUUCUUUCUUUCUUUCUUUCUUUCUUUCUUUCUUUCUUUCUUUCUUUCUGUUUGUUUAUUUGUUUCUUCUUCUUUGUCUAUUUGUUUGUUCCAUUUUCUCUCUUUCCCUUUCUUUCUUUUUACAUUCUCACUCUUCCCUCUUUCUUUCUUUCUUUCUUUCUUUCUUUCUUUCUUUGUGUUUACCUCUUUGUUCUUUUCUUUUUGUUUGUCUUUUCCAUUCUUCUCUUUUCUUCUUUCUUUUUCUUUCAUUUGUUUUUGUUUCUUUCUUUCUUUCUUUCUUUUAUGCCUCCCCCCUUCCCACUAUUCGUUUAUAG